UCGGACAUAAAGAAGAUGACUAAGAAUUUUGAAGUUAAACUAGGCCAAGGAGGCUACGGUUCUGUUUACAAGGGAAAGCUCCGAAGUGGUCAUCUUGUAGCAGUCAAAUUGCUCGGAAAAUCCGGAGCAAACGGGCAAGACUUCAUUAAUGAGAUAGCAACUAUUGGAAGGAUCCAUCAUAUAAAUGUUGUCCAACUUGUUGGCUAUUGUGCUGAACGAUCCAAGCGUGCCCUCAUUUUUUAUUUCAUGCCAAAUGGUUCGCUUGAUAAGUAUGUCUUCAAUCGAGAAAAAGCCUCUCCAUUGGAUUGGGAUAUGAAAUUUAAGAUUGCAGUUGAAGUGGCCCGAGGGAUUAGGUAUUUGCACCAUGGUUGUGACAUCCAGAUCUUGUAUUUUGACAUUAAACCUCACAAUAUACUUCUUGAUGAUAAGUUCGUCCCAAAAAUAUCAGAUUUUGGGUUGGCGAAAUUAUGCUCCACAAACAAGGAGACAGUGACGAUGACGGCAGCUAGAAGAACCAUAGGGUAUGUUGCUCCAGAACUUAUCAAUAGAAGUAUUGGUGCAAUCUCUUAUAAGGUUGAUGUGUAUAGUUUUGGAAUAUUGUUGAUGGAAAUGGUGAACUUAAACAAAGACUUGGCUCGAAACAAUGAUGAAUCUAGUAAGUAUUUUCCAAACUGGAUAUACGACCACUUAAACCAAGGCAAGGACAUUCACAUUGGAAAUGUUGAUGAAAAUGACCAUGGAAAAAUUGGUAGGAAGAUGACCAUUGUUGCGUUAUGGUGCAUACAAAUGUGUCCAGACAAUCGCCCAUCAAUGAAUAAGGUGUUGGACAUGUUAGAAGGUGAUGUUAAACAUCUCCAGAUUCCUAAUUAUCCAUGGUAUAUGGCAAGAAAUGAGGAAGAAAGUGCUACAUAUUCAAAUGCUUCCACAUCAUUUUUGCAUGGUGACAAUGGUAGUAGCAUCACUAUGGGGGAGACUUGA